AAAGAGCUCUGCUCUUCACCACUUGUAGCCCAUUUCGAUCGCCAAUUUUCAAGAGAUAGUAUAGAUCUGCAUCGUAAUAUAUUAAUGAUACACACCUUGAUACCUGAAAUACAGUACCUUUUUAAAAUUAAAGAGUGAUAGCAAAUAUGUGGUAGCACUUUUUGUUUCUCGAUUUUUAUUGCCUACGUAGAUUUCUUUUCGUGGUUCGAUGUAGUUCAUUGAGAAGAAAAAUGAUGGAUGAUAUUCGAAUUCAUUUAUUGAAUAAAAUAGAAUUCUUUACUUUUCUCUAAUUAGUUGUUUUCACUUUUCGGUAGGGUUGUUUCGUGCAAAAAGUCAUUCUUCAAUUAUAAAAUUUCUCAAAAACCAUGCAUGAGGUACAGCGAUUCGCUAUAUUUUCAAAUUAUUAAUUUGGAGUUCAAAUUUGAGAGUGUGAUUAUAAAUUUGGAACACGACAUAAGAAGUUGCAUAAUCGCCUCUUGGAUCACUUUCAACCAACCAUUUAGAGAUUCAUAAUCUAUGGGCUAUUCUGAAUUGCAGAAAGAAUGAAAACUUUAGUUUAACUGUAUUUACAACCAUACCAUAGAAAUAUUGAAAAACUGGCUGCAUUCUCUGUAUUUAAUAUUGUGUAAAAUCUAGUGAAAUUUUAAAAUUUCUUUGGAAUAUUGCUACAUAAAUCAAGAGUUAAACAAUGGAUAUUGUCGCUGAGAAACUUGAAGCUUUGAUUUCCUGCGCUGAAAAUUCUCUUGACUCUAUUGAAAUUCAGCUUGAAACUGAGUUGACCAAGCAAUCUGGAAUGCAGGUUGGUUUUAACAUAUAAUUUGAAUCAUUGUAUGUGCUCCUUUGACUUUCCUAAAUUUCUCUCAUUAAGUGAUUGGAUUGGUGCUUUAAGCAAAUUGCUUAAAAAGAUGGAGCUUUACACUUGAAAUGUAUUGCCCUUGAUAUUUCAAAAUGGGCUUAGAUUUUGAUGUUAAAACAUUUUGCCAAAACUUAAGAGCAACCAAGCCACCUUAUGAAUGUCCUGUCAAGUCAUGUGGAAAAAUUUAUAAAAGUUUUCAAGGAAUUCAAUUUCAUUUGUACAAUUAUGAUCAUGACAAUCCCCCAAUUCAACAGUCUCCUUCCACAUCCUCAUCUAAAAUCAGAAAAAAGAAAAAUAAAUGGCAUCCUCGUGCCAACCGUAGAUCUCCUUCACCUCUGCAAGUUUCACCUAGUCCUCGUGACAGUUUACGCUAUAAUGAACCGCAAAAAGUCGUUGAAGUUGAUUUAAAUGGCCAUGUUCAUCAGUUGAACAUUUGUGAACCAAUUGACUUUGUUUUGCAUGAUGGUACUGAGACUGAGAAAAAAACUGAACAAAAACAUGAAAAAAUGGAAGUGAAACACACCAAAGCUAAAGUUACUAAAUCCAAUCGUCAUUCUGAUGCUUCUAAAAAACAUAAAGAACCACCUCCUGUGAAUACACCAAAGCUUCCUGAAGCUUCUUAUCGUAUUAUUUCAGAUUAUAAUGCUCCUGAUGCACCCCCUAUGCCUACAGCUUAUUAUCGUUUUAUAGAAAAAUCUUUGGAAGAAUUGGAUGAAGAUGUAGAGUAUGAUAUGGAUGAGGAGGAUUGUGUUUGGCUGGAAUUUAUGAAUGAAAAACGUAAAGUUGAUGAUUUAUCUGAAGUGACGCCUGACACUUUUGAGCUUCUCAUGGAUCGCCUUGAGAAGGAAUCUUAUUUUCAAAGUCAAACUACUGGGAAAGAUCCCAAUCCUUCAAUUGAUGAAGAUGCUGUCUGUUGUAUAUGCAAUGAUGGUGAAUGCCAGAACUCCAAUGCAAUUCUUUUUUGUGAUAUGUGUAACCUAGCAGUACAUCAGGAGUGUUAUGGUGUCCCAUAUAUACCUGAGGGCCAGUGGUUGUGUCGAAGGUGUCUUCAAUCACCCUCUAGAGCAGUAGAUUGUGUACUUUGUCCUAAUAAAGGGGGUGCAUUUAAACAAACUGAUGAUGGAAGAUGGGCUCAUGUGGUUUGUGCUCUUUGGAUACCGGAGGUUUGUUUUGCAAACACAGUAUUUUUAGAACCGUUAGACAGUAUAGAAAACAUUCCACCUGCUAGAUGGAAAUUGUCUUGCUAUAUUUGUAAACAAAGGAGUGUUGGAGCUUGCAUUCAAUGCCAUAAAGCCAACUGUUACACAGCAUUUCAUGUUACCUGUGCUCAACAGGCAGGUCUUUAUAUGCGAAUGGAAGCUGUUAGAGAAAAUAAUGCAAAUGGCACUUCUUAUAAUGUACGUAAAACUGCUUAUUGUGAUGUUCAUGCUCCAGCAGAUAUGGAUACUAGUCAAGAUGAUGACAACAGUAAAACUGACACUUUUAAAAAAGCUAAAGCAAAAGCUAAAUCAAGAGAGAAAAUGAGGAAAGCUCGAAAAAUCCUAGCAGAGAAGCGUACUGCUGUUCCAAUUGUUUCUCUACCUACAAUCCCUCCAGAAAGAUUAACUAAGAUUGCAAGCAUGGUUUCAAUGCCGAAAAAACAAGCAUUUUUAGAUAGACUGCUAAGUUACUGGAUUCUCAAAAGGCAGUCUAGAAAUGGUGUGCCAUUGUUGCGUCGUCUUCAGACAUCUCAAACAUCAAGGCGAGAUCCCGAUCUUGAUAAAGAUGCUGCUUCUUUAGGUGAACAGUUGCAAUAUUGGCAAAAAUUACGUCAAGAUUUAGAGCGAGCUAGGCUAUUGGUUGAAUUAAUACGGAAACGUGAGAAAUUAAAACGUGAGUACAUUAGAGCUCAUCAGCUUGCUACUGAAAUGCAGAUUCAGCCUCUAAUUGUGAAGUUCCGUCAAGUUGUAGAUCAAUUAAAAGAAAAGGAUAUAGGGGAGAUAUUUGCCAAACCUGUUGAUCUAAAUGAAGUACCUGAUUAUUUAGAUUAUAUAAAACAGCCUAUGGAUUUAUCUUCGAUGUUAGCAAAAGUAGACUCAUACAGUUAUAAUAGCUUUGACAAUUUUGAAAAUGAUUUUAAUUUGAUGAUUAAAAAUUGUUUAUCAUAUAAUUCAAAAGAUACGGUUUUUUACAAAGCAGCUCUAAAAAUGAGAGAGCAAGGUGGACAUGUUUUACGUGAAGCCCGAAAGUUUAUGGUUAUAAAUUUUGAUUUUAAAACCGGUUUGUUCCUGGAACAGAAAACUCGAGCUAAGAGUGAAAUUCAAUACUAUGGCUCUGAAGAAUGUAAAAACGAAUCUCGUUCAACGCCAGAGAGGCAACUUGAUAGAUGUCUAAACAAGUUGGAUGAGGCUUAUAAAAUGAAACCUGGAGUGUCAAGGACAAGAAGAAUAAAACGACUUCGCACCGAAUCAGUAAUAUUGCGAAGAAAAAUUUCAUUACGAGCAGCUAUUGAACGUAAAAGAAAUCGCAGUAUAUCUGGUUUUAAACUUCAUUCUAGUGAUUCUAAGCCUAAUUAUUUAGAUGACUCGUCUUUAAAAGCUUUAGAUCAAACACCUAAUACAAAGAAAGAAAUUAAAUCAGGUGACAUUAAGUCUUUAACGCUUUCUCCUGAACUCAAAGACAAUCUUUUAAGCAAAGUAAAAGAUGAAAUUGAAGAGGUCAGUGCUGUUAAAAAACGAGGGAGACCUUCUUCUCUUAAAUCCCAGAAGAAAAUUGCUGUUGCUAGUCCCAGAAAUUUUACUCGAAAUAGAACAAAAAUAAAAGAUAGCACCAGUGAAAGUGAUGUUAAACCAAACAUUUCUGAGUGUGAUGUCAAGCCUAAAGCAUCUUUAAAUAAAACUAGAAAUAGGCAGAAAUGGCAAGACUCUUCAUCUGAAGUUGAUGAAGGUAGUCUCCCAAACGUUAAAAAUAAAGUUAAAGAAGAUAAUAGAGUGAAGGAGAAAAAAAUGUUACGUACACCUCUUCGAAGAGCUGCUAAAGAAGGGCUAAGUCAAAAUAUGGUUUUUACUGAUACAGAUGAAGAAGAUAAAUGCAGUGUUGAUCAUAUGAAAACUGUUUCUUCUAAAGCAAUUUUCCAUGGACGUAAUCUCAGAAAUCCAGGAACUGAUUCUGCCGAUGAAGAUGUGGUCUCGCCGCCACCUCGCGUGGGCAGACCUCCUAAGAAAAGCUUUAAGAAUAGUUUAAAAUCAUUAAAUGCUAAAAAUUUGUCUCCUCCUCCUACAUUGUUAAAAUCUCCAAAAGGUUCAUCUACUUCAUCUGAAUCUCAACAGGUGGUUCAGAAAGCUGUCAAAAGUCCUUCCGUUUCAUCAAUAUCACCCAAGUCUACAAAAGCUGUAUCUCCUCCUGUUUUGAAACCCCAGAUAUCUGCAAACAUACCUGAAGAUCAAACUGAAAGUCCUACAGUAAUGCACCAUAAAAGAUUUCAAAAGCAGGAAGCAAUCUUAGCAUCUAGAACUAGACGCUCUAUGGCAACUAGAAGGGAUAGCAUUAAAGAAUUUAGUUCUGAAGCUAGUGAAGCUGAAACCGACAAAUCUUUUGACUUGAAAGAAAGGGAAACUCGUAGCAAAUCUACAAGAGCUCAAGGUCGUUCACAGUCUGAAACUGAUGUUAUACCAGCAAAGAAAAGUCCCAAGAAAAACCGCACAACCAGCAUGACGACAGAGGGAGAAGUUUUUACCAGAAGAAAAUCCUCUGCACUGCAUAACUCUCUUUCCUCUUGUUUAUCACCUUUUUCAACUUUACCACAAACUGAUAGUUUCAAAGUAUACAGAUCCAAUACAAAAGAUCAUGGUACUGAUUCUGAUAAUAAUUCUUUAAAGAACAGUAGUUCUGAAGAAGAGGAAGAAGAAGAAUCUGAAUAUGAAACUGAUGAUGAAGACGAAGAGGAAGAAUCAAAAGAUAAAAAGCCCGUUUCUGCUGCUGUUAGUGCAAGAACAGAAGAACUUCAGCAAAUUCCUCUUCAGCCCUUAGAUUUAGUCUGGGCUAAAUGCCGAGGAUAUCCUUGGUAUCCAGCUUUGAUAAUUAGUCCAGAUAUACCAAAUUCUGGAUAUUUUCAUAAUGGUGUGCCAAUACCAAUACCACCAGAUGAUGUUGUAGCUUUAAAAGCUAAUUAUAAGUCAGAUGUUUAUUUAGUUUUAUUCUUUGAUACUAAGAGAACUUGGCAGUGGUUACCUCGAGAUAAAUUGGAGCCUUUAGGUGUCGAUUCCAACUUAGACAAAGCGAGACUCGUUGAGUCCAAAAAAGCAGCUGAGCGGAAAGCUGUAAAAAAGGCUUUUGAAAAUGCUAUUUUGCACCGGUGUCGUGUGACAGGGGAAUCUACCAGCAUAUCAAAUGAUUCAGACACUGAAAGUUAAUGCGAGAUCUCACUUCUAAAAUUUAUUUGUUCUGUAUCAUAAAGCAUUAUUUAUUGAGCACCAUGUAAAUUAUUCAAUGUAAAUAUUUGUCCAUAUGUGUUUCAUCUUCUGCAGAGGAUAUCAGUUAAGCUCUUAUAGAGAACUAGUUAAGUUCCAAUUGAGGACAUUUUCACAAUUUCUCUGAACUUGUUGUUUAAGGAUAUAUAUUUUAUUUGUAGUACAGGACUAUUUUUAUAUAUGAGCAUUUUUAACAGUUUGUAAAUAUUCAUCACCCAUUAUUGUUGACAGAGAUUAACUAUUGAUAUUUCCUGUGUAACUGAGCUUUUUCUAAUGAAGCUCUAGUUAUAUGUUUCAGAGAAAGAAUUUGGUACUUAAAGCCAUUUUCAGUGUCAAAUUUCGUUCUCCUGCUCUGCUCCAAAAUUUUCUUGAGGGCUGGAUCUCGUGGACAUAAUUAUUUUGCUCAACCCAGUUGCCUUGUUCAGUGCUAUUGAAGAUUCUAAGAAAGAAUUGGCGGAACUAAAAAGGGAAAUGAACCUUCUUGUCAAAGCUCAGGAGG